CGCGCUCCCCUCGCUCGGCUUGGAUAGCCACUGCGCCCCGGUGCCCGCGCGCGGGUCUCGCUCCAGCAGCUCCCAGGAGGGGUUUCCACCCGCGCCGCCCCAGGAUGAAGCCUCCCGCAGCAGCGCACGGCAGCCCGGCCACCGCCGCGGCCGCAGCCCCGACCGCUGGGGACCUGACGGACGCGCUGUGCGAGUUUGACGCCGUCCUGGCCGACUUUGCGUCGCCCUUCCGCGAGCGCCACUUCCACUACGAGGAGCACCUGGAGCGCAUGAAGAGGCGGAGCAGCGCCAGCGUUAGUGACAGCAGCGGCUUCAGCGACUCCGAGAGUUGGCUGGAUUCACUGUAUAGAAACAGCUUUAGCUUCAGUGAUGAAAAACUGAAUUCUCCAACAGACUCAACCCCAACUCGGCUCUCUCCCACUGUUCCUCCUCGGAAAGCCAAACUUGGAGACACAAAAGAGCUUGACUUUAUUGCUGAUCUUGACAGAACAUUAGCAAGUGAGUACCUGCCUGGCAUUAAAAUUAAAAAAAAAAAAAAAAUCAAACAGAAACUAACCGACACUUCUGAUAAACUGCUCUGA